AGUAUUUACUCUGCUGAUAGUUAGUCCUGUCUGUAGCAUUAUCCUAGCAAAAAGGUGGCCUGAAAACUAGAAGGGAGAAGGGAGCUUCAUUUAAGGGAGGGUUUGGGCUUAAGGUUUGUUGGAGCAACAACCCUGCAGACAAGGUUAAUUUGUGUUUUGACAGAACAUCUAUGAUGGCACAAGGUGACCUGAAGAAGGGAUUUGAAGGCUUUGAUUUUACAUCACUGUUCCAUUUGGAUUGGUAGGAAUUACUGGGUAUCAUUCUUGAAUUUUUGGUUUCCUACAAGUUUCUUAUUAAAGCUACUUUUACAGGCCAUCACUUUGAAACUGUUUGAGCUCAGAGACACUUGAAGCAAACAUUCCAACUCCGAACUUCAGUUUGAGCAUAAAUUCCACGUUUGCUCCCUUAUAUUAAAGAGAAAAUGCUGCUAUCAGUGACUUCCAGGCCUGGGAUUUCGACUUUUGGCUAUAACAAGAACAACAAGAAGUUGACCCUUGAACAGUGCCAGUGUUGGGGAUACCGAACCCCUGUGCAUUCGGAAGUUCAGCCAUAUGUGUCAUUGUCUCAGCAGAUGGCACCACCUAGUCCCAGCAACAGUACCCCGAACAACAGCAGUGGGAGCAAUGGAAAUGACCAGUUGAGCAAAACCAACCUCUAUAUCCGGGGAUUGCAACCAGGCACUACUGACCAGGACCUUGUCAAAUUGUGCCAGUCAUAUGGCAAGAUUGUCUCCACUAAGGCCAUCCUGGACAAGAGCACGAACAAAUGCAAAGGCUAUGGCUUUGUGGACUUCGACAGUCCUUCAGCAGCGCAGAAAGCUGUUGCGGCGCUGAAAGCCAGUGGUGUACAGGCACAGAUGGCGAAGCAACAGGAGCAGGACCCUACAAAUUUAUACAUAUCAAACCUUCCACUCUCAAUGGAUGAGCAAGAACUGGAGGGGAUGCUGAAGCCCUUUGGCCAGGUUAUCUCCACUCGAAUCCUCCGAGAUACCAGUGGGACCAGCAGAGGGGUUGGCUUUGCAAGGAUGGAGUCCACAGAGAAGUGUGAAGCCAUCAUCACCCACUUUAAUGGAAAAUACAUUAAGACACCUGCUGGAGUACCAGCCCCAUCUGAUCCCUUGCUUUGCAAAUUUGCUGAUGGUGGUCCAAAGAAACGACAGAACCAAGGGAAAUAUAUGCAAAAUGGACGGGCCUGGCCAAGGAACGGAGAUAUGGGUGGUAUGGCCUUGACCUAUGACCCCACCACAGCUCUUCAGAAUGGGUUUUACCCGGCUCCUUAUAACAUCACCCCCAACAGGAUGCUUGCUCAGUCCGCCCUCUCCCCCUACCUUCCAUCUCCUGUGUCUUCCUAUCAGAGAAUAAGCCAGACAUCUCCUCUGCAAGUACCUAACCCGUCCUGGAUGCAUCCCCAGUCAUACCUCGUGCAGCCUCCAGGUUCCGUUCUGCCGCCGGGGAUGGAUCAUCCCAUUCCUCUCCAGCCUGCCUCCAUGAUGGGACCCCUCACCCAGCAGCUGGGGCACCUCUCCCUCAGCAGCCCAGGCACGUACGUGCCGGCGGCCGCCCCCGUGCCCGGAGCUUACCUCUCCCCGUACACCCCCGCGCCUUCUUCCGGUGUUGCAUCCGAGGAGAGCAGCGGCCAGCAGACUCAAGUGCCGGUGGAGGCUCCCUCAGACGCGGGGCUCUACUCUUUCCAGUUCAACAAGUAGCAGCGUGGUCUGGAAGCGAACCCGCCACGUCUCUGAGAUGUGCCUGGACAAAUGGACUCUUGGAAAGGCUGAUGCUCCCGAACUCCCGGGGGCUGACCGGGAUUACAGCCCCGCUGUGGGCCCUGCUAAGGACUAACACUUGGGCAGCAUUUUUCACAGGCCUGGUCCUGGAGAAGGAGAUCUCUGCACUUGCGCCCUCUGCUUCUGCCUCCAUUCCUGGGACUGCCGGGGGUGGAGGGGGAACUGUAACUUUGUAUGUGUGCUGCAUUCAAGGAGAUCAAAAGAACUUUUUUCUUUCUUUUGCAAAGAAAGUUUUAUAUUUUUUUUUUAACUGCAAUAUACUCUUUCCGUAUCCCAAAGAGACAUAGUGCCUUGAGCUUCUUCUCAUCUUUAUGAAAAACAGUUUUUGAUGUGUUGGAUUUAUCUGGGGAGGCUUUAAAAUUUUUUGUUAUUUCUUAAAAAAAAAAAGUGCAG